CUACUGGUGUCUCUUCCAGUGCACGGGGGCUGGUCCACCUGGACCGAGUGGACCGUGUGCAACAGCCGCUGUGGCCGUGGGUACCAGAAGCGGACGCGCAGCUGCACCAACCCGGCGCCGCUGAACGGGGGGGCCAUCUGCGACGGGCAGGGCAUCCAGAAGCUGGCCUGCAAUCCCCUCUGUCCAGUGGAUGGCCUGUGGACGGAGUGGAGUAAGUGGUCCACGUGUGGGACAGAGUGCACCCACUGGCGGCGGAGGGAGUGUGCAGCGCCGACGCCCAGAAACGGGGGGAAGGACUGUGAGGGGGUGGUGCUGCAGUCCAAGAACUGCACGGAUGGGAUGUGCAUGCAGAACUCUUUGUUUCAGAAGUCAUCUGAGGCUAAAGACAGGAAUGAAUUGGCCCAACCAUUGGCGCCCAGCACGGACGAUGUGGCACUGUACGCGGGCGUGGUCAUCGCGGUCAUCAUGUGCCUGGUGAUCUCGGUGGUGGUGGCGCUCUUCAUCUACAGGAAGAACCACCGAGACUUUGAGUCGGACAUCCUGGACUCGUCCGCCCUCAACGGGGGCUUCCAGCCCGUCAACAUCAAGACCGCCCGCACAGCCGACCUCCUGACGGCGCCCCCGGACCUGACCUCGGCGGCGGCGCUGUACCGCGGCCCCGUCUACGCCCUGCACGACGUGGCCGACAAGAUCCCCAUGACCAACUCGCCGCUGCUGGACCCGCUGCCCAACCUCAAGAUCAAGGUGUACAACUCGUCCGGGCUGGUCACCCCCCAGGACGAGCUGGGCAUGGCCGGGGACUUUGCGUCCAAGCUCUCCCCCAAGCUGUCCCACUGCCUGCUGGACGGCAGCGGCGAGGGCACCAUGGGCCGCCGGCCCCCCGCCACCCAGACGCUGCUGAGGAGCCGGGACCCCUCAUGCACCGCCGUGGGCUCCUUCAACUCCCAGGGGGGCCACCUCAUCGUGCCCAACUCAGGGGUGAGCCUCCUGGUCCCGGCCGGGGCGGUGCCCCAGGGCAGGGUGUAUGAGAUGUACGUGACGGUCCAGAGGAAGGACAGCAUGAGGCCCAUGGUAGAUGAUGGGCAGACUGUGCUGAGUCCGGUGGUAAGCUGCGGGCCCCUGGGGGCGUUGCUCACCCGGCCCGUCGUCAUAACGAUGCACCACUGCGCAGUGUGCGACGGCCAGCAGGAUUGGCUCAUCCAACUGAAGGGCCAAUCACAGCAGAGCCAAUGGGAGGACGUGGUGGUGGUCGGCGAGGAGAACUUCACCACGCCGUGCUACGUCCAGAUGGACGACGAGGCCUGCCACAUCCUGACGGAGACCCUGGGCACCUACUGCCUGGUGGGCCAGCCCCUCAGCGCCUCCACCACCAAGCGCCUCAAGCUGGCAAUCUUCGGCCCCGUCACCUGCUCCGCCAUGGAGUACCACAUCAGGGUGUACUGCCUGGACGACACGCAGGACUCCCUCAAGGAGGUCCUGCAGAUGGAGAAGCAGAUGGGGGGGAAACUCCUUGACGAGCCAAAGACCCUGAACUUUAAAGACAGCACCCACAACCUGAGGCUGUCCAUCCACGAUAUCCCCCACACCAUGUGGAAGAGCAAGCUGCUGGCCAAGUACCAGGAGCUGUCCUUCCAGCAGGUGUGGGCGGGGUCCCACAGGAACCUCCACUGCAGCUUCGCCCUGGAGCGGUUCUCCCCCGCCACCGCCUCCCUGGCCUGCAAGCUGUGUGUGCGUCAGGUGGAGGGCGAGGGCCAGAUCUUCCAGCUGGACACCACCCUCGCUGAGGACACACAGAACAUCGACACGUCCUUGCUGGACCCGGCCAGUAACAUCACCACGCUGGUGGGGCCCAACGCCUUCCGCAUCCCCGUGUCGGUGCGCCAGAAGCUGUGCGGCAGCCUGGACGCCCCCCAGACCCGCGGCAACGACUGGAGGAUGCUGGCCCACAAGCUCAGCCUGGACCGGUAUUUAAACUACUUUGCCACCAAGUCCAGUCCUACGGGGGUGAUCUUGGACUUGUGGGAAGCCCAGCAUUUCCCCGACGGGAACCUCCACCGCCUGGCCCAGGUCCUCGAGGAGAUGGGACGCCAUGACAGCCUGUUCCCCAUGGCAACCGACCACUGACACCACCACUUGCACCACCACCACCUACAGCUCCUCCACCACGCAACUCCGAGAGAAUAUGGCAUUCAGCAGGAUAUGACAGGGCAGCGAGACGACCCAGGAGAAAUGAUACAAGUUUAUGCCCCAAUGUUGACAAUAUACAACACUACCCACACAUGCAGACAUACAUACUUGUGCACACAAAGACAUAGACACAUAGACACACACACACAAGAACACACACAAGAUGGAAUACUCGAACACUGUAAGAACGCUAGCUUGGCUUAUUCAGCAGUGGCCCGGUGUAAGCAACUAAAAGGGUCUCAAAACUUGAAGUGUAAACAGAAAUGUCUGUCGCUCCUCUCUCUCUCUCUCUCUCUCUCUCUCUCUGUCUUUCACACUCUCUCUUUCCUACUCGAUUUUUCCAUCUCAGUCUUACUCUGUAUGCCGUUUUUUGUUCUUAAUGCUACCACUUCAUAUUUCGUGCUUCUAGUUUCCUUGGAAACAGCCGUGAGGGUGUUUGGAUUGACUUGGCCAUCUAGAUAUUUGGAUACUGGCAAACCACGUCGGACAACAACUCCAGCGGUGGAGAAUGCGAGCUGGAGUCGAUGAAUGGCAGGGAAAGCUUACAUUAGCUUUGAUUAAAAGGGACACCGUUUAUUCCUCUCCUCCUCUGGUGAACUAUCAGCAGUGUCAGUGAUAAACACAUUCUGUGAUAACAUAGUAUUUAAUACCACAUUUAUUUAUGCGUGAAUAUAUUACUUUUUUCGUUGUAGUUUUUAUGUGUCCUUCGAAUCAAUGUUGGUGUUUUUUCUGCUGACGUCGCGUUUGGGUUAUGAUGUAGCGGCCCCUGGUGGAUUCCUGAGGUACUGACACGUUUUUGUCAGUCAAACAAACACAAAGAGACUACAUGUACAUAAGUCGGGUGUUGAGCUGUAAUCAUAUUACAGCACUAUGUUUUGAAUUAAGUGUCAAUGCUUUCAAUAGUUAUUUUAUUACUGUUGAUUUAUAAUUAUGUUUGUUUUCCUUUUAUUUUAUGAAAGAUUUGAUCUAUUUUAUUUUUGGAUCGGACCAGUCCAUUGCCACAUGUAAACAGUGAGACAGACUCUACGUUGAACUAAAUUAAAUCAUGACUUAUUUGCUGUGAUUUCUGCCCCAUUUCUGGAUAUCAACCACACGAUAAAAAAAAACAAAGAGGAGAGGCAGAUAUGUAAGCAUACGAUUGAUUUGUCAAUAUUAUAAUAUUUUUGUAGCAACAAUGCAACUAAAAACAGAAGAUUGCCUUUUACCAAAUAACUGAUUUACACAAUAUGGGGUUUAAUUGAUACCUCGGUCAAGUCAUUUAUGUGUUUUUUUACGGCCAGAAAUGAAUGAUAUUUGGAGAGGGAAUGUAUAAUACUGUUAAUCAAAGACAUAGCUCGGAGACAGAGGGAAUAGGGCCGUACAGCUCAAUAAUUGUUUUGUAUUCAUGACUGUUUCUUGACCAUCUAUUUCGCAAAGCCGUCUAUGCAAAUGUUGGAUCCUUACACAAAAAUCUUUCUCGUACAUUUUCAAGUGGUCGUCUUUCACAUCCCAUAGUUGUUUUUUUAAAGCUUUACAAUUUCUGUUAUAAAAAUUAUUAUUGCUUUUAUUAUUAUUAUUAUUAUUAUUAUUAUUAUUAUUAUUAUUAUGUAUAGUGUGAUCAUUCUGUUACUGGCAAUUGCUUGCAUUUCAUCUGUCAAGUUAUUGUACAAAGUGUAAGAAAGAAUUUUUAAGACUAAUAAUAAAUUAUAUUUAUAUGCAACACUGAA